UCAUCCAAAGCCGCUCCCGCACAGUUGGCCGUUUCCGUCCCCAUUUCUCUCGUCUUCUUCCCGUUUCAAAAUCCCCAAAAUCCCAACACCGAGCCUUCGAAUUCCCCCCGCUCCACGAUUCGUCGUCCCCUUCCCCUUCCGUCGUCGUCGCCCGCUCUCCGCCAUUUGGGAAUCGGGGGCAGUCCAGCGACCGCGCCGCGCGUUUCGAGGCUCUUGGCUGGCGGCCUCGCCGGGUGGAUUUGGAAUCGCGCCUUCUCGGCGCGCGCACGUGGAGUGCUAGCAAAAUAAUGCAGUAAAGUUGUGUCAUAAGUAAAAUGUGUCAUGCAUGUGCAUCGGAAGAGACAAACAUGAAUGAGGUCAAUUUCGACCUAGCCUGCAGUACAUCCUGCUACAAAAUGUGUGACCACGGUGAUGGAUCAUCAACUGUUACUGGUGAGAUCAACUGGUUGACCAUGGACUCAAGCCCUUGCAGCACUCCUUAUGGCAGCCCUAUGUUUAGCCGUGAAAAUUCUUUCUCAAGCUUUGCUAGUUGCUUUUCAAGCCUUGGUGACUCCCUAAUGGACUCUGAUACUGAAGAGGAGACUGAGCUCCAAGAUACUGGUCAACUUUAUCCUAAUACCCUAUUAAGUGAUGAUCUUAUGGAGCAAGGAGAAGGGAGUUUAAUACGGGUGGAAGAAUGUCAACUCAGUGAUAUUGCUAUUGUUGAUGACGGUGCUACUUUUCCCAUUCCAGCAGAUCAAAAUAUUUCAUCUGGUUAUCCACAGUUGGAGACACUUGAAGACUCCAAGGAAAAAAAUGAUGCCACUAAUAUUAUUUCAGAUUCAGAUCUAUCUUAUGAGCAGCAUCAAGAAAUUCUAUCCGAUAAUCAAUUUAUAGAAACGAAAUGUGGUGUAUCAGUGGAAAAUGUCGAUCUUAAACAAUCCGGUUUUAUAGAUGUUGAAAAGGUCACUAGCCUUCCUAUGGCAGGUGGUGAUAUUAUCCAAUUGAAUGAACAAGUUAUGGAUCGACAUGACAGUACCAUGGAAAAUACAAUAGUUUAUAACAACAUAUCAAAUACUGAACCUGACAUGAAAAAUGGUGCUAACUUUGAUAACGAAAAUGAAUGCCUAUACCCACUAGUGUUGCCCAGUUUUGAUGCAGAUCCUCUCAUUUGGUUACCUCCGGAACCAGAAAAUAAGGAAGAUGACUUCGAUACUGUUUUAAAUAUCUGUGAUCAGAGUGAAAAUUACAGCACUGGGUGGGGUGAGUCAAGUUUAAAUGUAAACUUAGCGGAGAGAAGUAGGGAAAGCCGUGAAGACCAAUUGCAGAAAGUAAUGUCAGAAGUUAUGAAUGGGCAAUUCAAGAUCCUUGUAAGUCGUUUCUUGGCUGCUGAAGGGUUCUCUUUAUCUGAUGGAGGCACCAAUAAGAACUGGCUUGAUAUUGUUGCUUCAUUGUCAUGGGAUGCUGCACAACUUGUCAAGCCUGAUGCCAGUUCUGGAAAUGAAAUGGAUCCUGGUAUGUAUGUGAAGGUUAAAUGCAUAGCUUCAGGAUCUUACAAGCAGAGCGAAGUGAUCAAUGGUCUUGUUUUUAAGAAGGGUGCUUCACACAAGCAGAUGCGUGCCAAUAUAAAGCAUCCAAAAUUGUUACUCCUUCAGGGUGCUCUUGGCUAUUCAUCAACAGGGCUGUCAUCAAUAAAUUCAAUGAAACAGGAAAACGAACAUCUGGAGAAAACCCUUUGUGAAAUGAUAGGCAAAUGCCAGCCUGAUGUUAUAUUGGUGGAGAAAGCAGUUUCCCGUAAUGUCAACGAAUAUAUACAGAAACAAAGAGUUACCGUAGUUAGUGAGAUGAAUAUCCAUCGGCUGGAAAGAAUUGCUCGUUGCACUGGCUCUCCAGUAAUGUCAUUGCAGGAUGUUCUUGCAAAACCCAGCCUUACUAAACAAUGUGAGUCUCUCCAUUUUGAAAAGUUCGUUGAAGAGCAUAAUAUUACUGGAGAAGAUGGAAGGAAGUCCUGCAAAACAUUUUUGUUUCUAGAGGGUUUUCCAAGACCUCUGGGAUGUACAAUAUUGCUGAAAGGAGCAACAAGAGAAGAACUUAAGAAGAUUAAGCGUGUCCUUCAUUUCACUGUCUUUGCAGCUUACCAUUUGAUCCUUGAAACUUCAUUCUUUGCUGAUCAAAAAUUAUUUACGACAGAUAAAAUUACCACAGGGAAACAAAAGUGCUUUAAAACUAAUCCACAGCUGCUUGGUCCCUGUUAUGAUAGUUCGAAAAACACUGACACCAUGAAACAUAGCACGCCAACUUGUGAUGAUCAGUAUGCUAAUCAGGAAAAGCUCAUUCAUACUGAAAAAUCUAUACCACUGCACCUUCAUGAUUCCAAAAUUAUGGUGCCUGAAGAUCCUGCCAGUGAAAAGCAUAUUGACAGCAAAGGCGUUCAGUCAUAUUCACCACUCCCUGUUAUGGAUCCCUCGACAACUUUUAUGCAGGAUACGUCAUCAUCAGAUUGUGCGGAGUCAAACACAUGUGAUGGUUUUGAUGGCUCAACAUUCACAAAUAAUUCCAAAGAGGUGCAGAAAUUUCAAGAAGCUGUUGAUGGAAAUUUUUCUGGGAGUGGAGCUGCCUUGAAUACUCAGGACAUCUUGAUUUCAAUGUCUAGCCAACAUAUCAAGAACAAAGCUGUUUGCGAUCAGAAUCACCUUUCCCGGAUAACUUAUUAUGGGUAUUUUGAUACAUCUCUUGGACGACAUUUGCAAGAUAAUUUACUUAAUGAGAAACAGAGCUGCUUAUCAUGUGGUGAGUCUCCAGAAGCCCACAUGUACUCUUAUACCCACCAUAAUGGCAUUCUCACUGUUCUGGUGAAAAGACUUCCUUUGGAGUCAUCCCUUUCUGGUGAGGCUCAAGGGAGAAUUUGGAUGUGGACCAGAUGCUUAAGAUGCAAUGCUAAGCCAAAUCGUAGGGUUAUAAUAUCUUCCUCUGCACGUAAUCUGUCGUUUGGGAAGUUCUUGGAACUCAGCUUCUCAACUCAUUCUGCUGCCAAGAAGCUACCAGCAUGUGGGCACUUGCUGCAUAGAGACUGCCUACGUUUCUUUGGAUUGGGAUCCAAAGUUGCCAUGUUCAGAUACUCAUCUGUUGAAAUAUAUUCUGCUCGUAAGCCUCCAUUGACUUUGGAGUUCAAUAACCGAAACAAAAAGGAUUGGCUUGAUGUCGAAGUGAAUAAUGUCCUUCUUAAAUGGAAGCAACUCUUCUCAGAAAUUGAAAAUGUAAUACAAGGCUUAAGAUCACGAUACUCUACUCAAGCCAUGGGGAAAGACACCAACGUUUCAGUAUAUGAGGGAUUACUUUUGGAGGUGGCUAGUAUGCUUAUGCAAGAAAAACAUGAAGUUGAGGUUUCUCUGAAGGCGUUUAACCAAGUUGCAAUACCCAAGAGUUUUGCACAUGAGAUCCUUGAUUUGAACUGGCUGUACCAGCAACUUCUUCUUGGGUUCUAUGUUUGGGAUCUUCGUUUGCUUCAUACUCUCCAUUACAUUAAAUUUAGUACUACAUCUUCAGACAAUUCUAUUCACGAAAGCACAGUGAAGAAUGAGCUGAAGAAUUCCGGAAGUAUUGCCAUCCAAGACGCACCGGCAGUCAAGAACACUGGAAUAGAAAGAAAGGAAGCAACUAUAAAUUCUUAUGGCAGCUGUGAUGAUUCAUGUGCCAAUAAAAUUUUGGAUAAGGCUCAGCUUACUGAUAAACUGAUAAUCAAAGAGCAUGAGCUGCCCAUUUAUCAAGAUCAUGAUGUAAGAUCAUCUCUUUCUUCUCAAGGCAAAGUUGCUGAAAGUGGUUCACAUCAGUUCGAGACCUCUGUGGAGAAAUCAAUUGCUUUACCAUUUAUGAAUCAUGAACAACCUGCAGCAUCCAAAGUAAAUAAAAUGUAUGGUGGUGUCAUACCAAGUGAUGAUGCAGGGAAAUGGGUCUGGAAUCGAUUCAGUCACUUGGAAAUGGAAUACAAGAAAGAACUUCGAGGCGGUUCUUUGGAUAAUUUUCACCUCAUCAACAAAUACACCCCAUGUUCUUCAUCAUUGACACGAUUAAAACAUGAAAUGGACUUGGGGCAUUUUAUAGUUGGCUGCGGCGGUAACAUCUUGUCAAUCUCUGAGGAGGAGGUUUCCAGCAUUAUUGCUUACGCGCUAACUAUGUCUGAACAACAAGGGUCCUAUUCUGAUGCUGCACCUAGCAACUUGGAGAGAAAUGCUUCUUUGCUUCCACCCAUGCUGUCUCCAAACGAGUCUUUAGAAAAUAAUCGUAACUUUUCAAGGUUUACGUCACCGAUAUCACCUGAGGAAUCAACGCCUCAAUUUUAUGAUUCAUUUCUAUCAGCUCUAAAAGAUCAGCAUCCUGAAAUUGAUCUAAACAAUGAAAAGAUAGCUCCGAGAAGAAAAUAUACUGUUGUUUGUGUAUAUGCAAAGCAAUUCCAAGAACUUCGGAAGAUAUGUUGCCCAUCAGAGCUUGCAUAUAUUUCAUCAAUAAGCCGCUGCAAACAUUGGAAUGCACAGGGCGGAAAGAGUAAGGUUUUCUUUGCAAAAUCAAUGGAUGACAGAUUUAUCAUAAAACAAAUCAAGAAGACUGAGUUUGACUCAUUCUUAGAGUUUGGCCUCGAGUACUUCAAGCAUUUCAGUGUAUCUCAGGUCUCAAGUAACCCUACAUGUCUUGCAAAAAUUCUGGGUAUAUAUCAGGUUAAGGAAACUAGGAAUGGCAAGGAGACAAGGACUAAUUUCAUGGUCAUGGAAAAUCUUUUGUUUGGACAUAAUAUAAUACGUAGAUAUGAUCUGAAGGGUGCUCUUUUCUCACGAUAUGUUCCUGAUUCAAAAAAUCCUGAAAAGGUGCUGUUGGAUCAAAAUUUUAUUGAAGAUAUGCGUACCAUGCCAAUCUACAUUGAAGGAAAAACCAAAAACCUCAUGGAACGUGCUAUUUGGAAUGACACAGCUUUUCUAAGUCUCAUGAAUGUCAUGGAUUACUCCUUGCUUGUUGGAGUUGACAAACAGAAGAAAGAGCUUGUAUUCGGGAUUAUAGAUUAUUUGAGACAAUAUACCUGGGACAAACAGCUGGAAUCUUGGGUGAAGACAUCUCUUGUUGUUCCGAAGAACCUAUCCCCAACUGUAAUUUCACCUAGGGAGUACAAAAUAAGAUUCAGGGGGUUUAUGUCACAAUACUUUCUAUCAGUUCCAAAUGCUUGAGUCUUUGAGAAUUGAGACCUGAUCACUUCCUGGUAUUGGUGACCGUGCGACCUUGUCAUGAGUUAUGAUCAUGCUGCUGAGGUUCCGUGUCCAUCCGGGAAUAGUUCAAGCUCUAUACAAUGACUCAAUGAGCAGUACGUCAUCGGUCAUCCUAUGUGUUUAGCAUUAAGUUUCCUUUGUUGAGUACUUCAUUUUUGUGGUGUGUUUGUCUAUCCUUCUUGUCCAUUCUGAUUCUCAGCAGUUGUACAUAUUAGCAUUUAGGACACCAUGGAAGCGCAACUUUUAAGCAAAUGAAUGGUGGGACAAACUAAUGACCUAGCUAGUGUUCUUUACUGAUGAUAGUUAGGGUGGAGAUCUAGGUUUAUAGGGGUAGAGGAGCGUUUAAUCGCCGUUGUGUUUAUUGGAAUAUGCUGCUGGAAUUCAAAGUCAUAUUCUCAUUCUUUGACUAUUCAGCUUUCUGUAUUAGGGCCUGUUUGGUUCUUUA